AUGGCUGUGAAACUUUUUCUUCAGAUUUUAAAAGCUGAAUCUAUAUUUGGAAAGUAUUCAUUGUGUAUUACAAUGAGUGACGUUGUAAUUGACAAUGAUGAUGUUGACGCGGAUGAUAUGACGAUUGAGUGCUAUGAUUUUGUUGAGCCGUCUGAACUUGCAGUUGUUGUAGUUGGUAACAUUGAAUCUCUGCCAAUUAUUAAUGUGGGUGGUGAAGAACUAAUAAGUGAUUGCUAUAAUAGUGUUGUAAAGGUGAACCAAAAGUAUAAAAAUAAAGCUACACUUGUCUCGAUAAUGCGGUCUUCAUCUGCUAUCUUGAGCCGAAAGUUUAUCGAGUUCUGCAUCUUGGUCACAGAUAACCUAUCGAGGACUCUGCUAAUGCACUUGUCAAAUUCACCAUCAGUGGCAUCUGUUUACUUCCCCACCAUUCUGUGCAAUUCACGUAAAUUCAAUAAAACAACAAUCAACCGGAACAUAUGGUAUGCUUCAAUUAACUCGAGACAAGAGGCCCGUCAACUCAACUCCAGUGACUUCAAUGAGCCGGUGAUGAAUGGAGCAGCAUUUGCUACACCAUUCAAGGCAAAUGAUCUGAUUCUUGACUAA